AUGGAUCCAAACAACCCUAAUUACAAUCAACUUGCUCAACAUUUUUCUGAUUUAGGUGAUGAUUUCAUUAGUAGUCCAAAUUUUCAAUUAUUCCUAGAAAGAUUAGGCAACCCUUCUUCUCAAAAUUCCCAACAAACUCCUCCCGUUACCGAAGGGAGCAACUCUGAGUACGAUGUCAGCCAAGAAGAAGUUGUUCCGGAGACACCACAGUACCCUCCACCACCUCCAAGGAUUCCGGCCAAUCAACCACUUGCCAAAUCGAGUCGCAUUUGGUCGGUUUCUGAGGAUGAAGCUCUAAUUGGGUUCUACCUAGAACUAAGUGAUGAUGCGCUUCGUGGUACGAGCCAAAAGGCAUCCGAACUAUGGCGAAAAGUUCAUGCAGCUUACUGUAAACUACAAGCUGAGAAACCGCAUAUUCUCCCGCCAAGACCUAUGAAGAGUUUGGAGACACAUUGGAGAAGAAUGGCAGCUGAUUUGCUACAGUGGACUAAUUGCUAUGACGAGGCGGGCAAACUCCCUGAAAGCGGAAGUGGUUACAACGAAGCCGAUCGAAUUAAACACGCCUCCAAGUUGUUUUAUAUCUCCUCUAAUCCACAACAUAAUUUCGCAUUUCCACAUGGAGUGGAAAUGGUUAAUAAAGAUCCGAAGUGGAGGACUAAACUAAGAUAG